ACGUAUGCUUUACUCCACUUUCAUUUUCGUGAAUAAUACACGUGCUUCCAUGUAAACAAAACCAAAACUUUGACAAAAUGUCAAAAUAUAGCAGACUUGCCUUAUCUACCACAUGUGCAGGUUUUGGAAUAUUAUUGGGGAGAUAUUACGAGCGAAAUAAUGGACAGUACCGCGACACUUCAUUUGAAAAUCUUGGAAAGAGUAGUUUGACAGCGAACGAUUUUUUCAAGGACAACGAAAGUUUUGGAAAGAACAAAUCUCCCAUCUCUGAUACAGUAAGAUCCUUUCUUCCAGUGAGUACGGUUUAUGCAUCCACUCAGAUAAGUAGACCACCUAAUCGCCUACAGGAAAUACUGACCUUCGGAGUGCCUUCGUUUGAUCCAUUGCGUCCCUUUGAAAACCAUGUCGUUCUAUACGACAGGCGGAAUAGGGUCCCUCACUGGGUAUUCGAACAUUUAAAGAAAGAACACGUUGAAAAGAACGACAAAGUUGAUAGAAAAUCGAGUGAUUUUACAGAGGAUCAGGCAAUUCACCCUUUCUUCCGUUCCACCAAUGCUGAUUACAAGAGAAGCGGGUAUGACAGAGGUCAUAUGGCGGCUGCAAGCAACCACAGACAUUCCCAAAAAGCUAUGGAUGAUACCUUCUGCCUCAGUAAUAUAGCACCGCAGGUUGGUAAGGGAUUUAAUCGAGACGUAUGGAACGAUCUUGAGAAAUACGUGAGAGCACUUGCAAGGAAACACAGGAAUGUGUAUGUCUGUACGGGACCUCUGUAUCUACCACGAUUGGAGCCAGACGGUAAAGUAUACAUAAAAUAUGAGGUGAUCGGCAAAAACAAUGUCUCUGUACCUACUCACUUUUUCAAAGUCAUUGUUAUGGAGACCGAUAAAGGAGAGUUCGAAAUGAACUCGUUCGUCAUACCUAACCAGAGUUUCCCAGAGAACACGCCGCUGAAGAACUUCUUGGUUCCGGUAGAAACGAUAGAACGGGCUUCCGGUUUCCUUUUGUUUGACGGGGUGCCCAAACAUAGACUGAAGACAAUCAAUGGAAAGAAAGUUUGAGGAAUAGUUAAUAGAUAAAAAAAAAUUGAAAGUGCUGGUGUCUGACCAUCGCUGGAAAUCCACGAUCAGUAGCACAUGAUACUCUGACAGUCCGCAGGACAACUCAUUGAACUCUUCUCGUUUUCAUGAAUAAUUAAUGUCUUCUUCUAAACGGCUCCUUCACAGUUAGAGAAAUGGUUCAUGUACGAAUAAUGUCCAGUAUGUUUUCAUUUUGGUUUCAGCUUGAACGUUUGCUAGAUGUCAGUGUGAAAUAUUUAUAACAAAAACAUUGAGAUUAUUGAUGAAUUUAUAAUAACCCGUCAAAAUAGACGUACCAAUAUACUUAAUUGCCUGCCAUGUGCCUACAUUAACAUUCUUCCGUGUUUCCAUUAAAUUAUGUGAUCAUGCCUCUAAAUGCAAUAACAUAUUCACUGCAUAUUUUUAAAGCUCGAAUAUUACGUUUUCAAUUUGCCUUCAAAAUCAGUCUUCAAAAUAAUGAGUGUAUCCUUAAUUUUGAUCAUAAAUCAUUUCUUGUAUUCUAUAACUAAAGGAUGGACAUAUUAAAAAGCAUAGAUUCUUAACUAUUACUUACCCAUAUUAAAAUAAAAUAAUAAAUACCUAUGUGUACACCUGGGCUGCAUUUUACAAAAGAACUUAAGACAAAGUCGUAAAUAUUUACAGUCACGUAAAAUGGUUUUAGAGAACCAAACUAACAUAAAACCAUUUGUUUACAAAUAUAUAUUAGUUGGUGAUUAAUUAGCAUUCAUCGAUUUGCUCAUAAGUUGUAAGUUCUUUUGUAAAAUGAAGCCCUGGUCAAUCUUUAUUCCGUUUACAUUUCCUCUAGCAUAUUAAAUCCGUCCUAAAAGAAUCGUUAAAACGGUUUACUAUAGCACUGAAUUAUUUGUAACGUAAUAUUCGAUCUUUAAGGUGGAUCUCUACACCAAAUACAUGUAAGUGUAAGAGAUUUUUGUUGCAUGCAUUUGUUACCAAUACUAGGCACAGUAUUCAACAAUAAUAGACCUCAAAAUACAAUACACUAUUUUCUAGAGAAUUUUUAAAAUAUCAGUCUGGUUCCAAAUAACCCCAUAUUUAUCAAAUUUUUAAACAUUUCUGUUUUAAAAAUCUUAUGAAAGUGAAAUGUUAUUAAGUUUAGAAAUGAAAAACAAAAAAAUCAUGAAUGAAGUUUGUAUGAUUUUUAUUGGAAUCCUCAUAAAUAUGAAACUAAAAUAUAAAAAAAAUUCUUUUAAGGCAAACUGCUGGACAAAAUCCCACAA